AUGUUCUACGGAAAAAAUGAUAAAGAAAAAUUUAUUAGCAAAGGGAAUUUCAGGUUAACGAAACCUCGAGGCGUGGAUCGAUUUGCCUUAACAACGACACUCAUAGCUGUUGUGUCUUGCGGACGUUUGGAGCCCCAAUACUUGCCUCCUAGACCUGGUAGCUCAGGAGGUGGCGGAGCGGGCAAUGGGGGGUAUAGCGGAGGGGGUGGCGGUUCAGGGAGCGGAUUUGGCGGAUCCGGAGGUACUGGGGGCGCGAAUAUACCCAUCACUAAAUACGAGAAUGUGAACAAUGGCGACGGCACUUAUCACUUCAGCUAUGAGACCGGCAACGGCAUAGAAGCUCACGAAAGCGGCGCUCCUCGCGCCCCGGGACCUGAAGGCCCCGCUGUAACAGCUGAGGGUGGGUUCUCUUACCGUGCUCCUGAUGGACAACAGAUUACUCUCACAUACACAGCAGAUGAAAAUGGAUUCCAUCCCGUUGGACCUCAUCUGCCUACUCCACCCCCCAUUCCGGAGGAGAUUCUUCGAUCUAUUGAAUUCAAUAAACAGAAUCCGUCAUCAGAGGGAGCCUAUAAUGGUGGGUCUGGAGGCAACAGCGCAGGGGGAUCUGGUGGCGCUGGUGGCUACCACUACUAAUCUCAAACUAAACAUACAUAUUUAGCUAAAAAUCACACCCAAUCUAAUGAAAUUAUAUAUUGCAAAUUAUAGAUUUGAUACCUUUUGUUAUGUUUACCUUAAAUUCCAAUGAUCUCAAAUAACAUGAUUUUGGUUUAUGAUUUAUUAUUUUAUGUAGCCUUUUUUUAAAGUUACAAGCAAAGAAAUAUUCUUAGUUAUAAACAUGUAAAAGUAAAGGUGAGUUUUAACAGAUUUAUAGUUCUGAAAAAGUUCCCGAUUGGAUAGUGUUCCUCAGGGAUUCGUACUUCAUAUAAACUCAAGUAGUUAUACCAUAUAUUGCAUGUGUGUGUGAAGUGAACUUUUAUUAAUGUUUGAUUAUUUUUGUUAUUGUUAGAUGAAUAAAUAU